AUGGACCGCAACUCUCCCAGCCCGCUGGCAUCUAGCCCGCUGGCAUCGGCGUCGGAUGCAUCGUCUGGCUUCCCCAUCGCCAGGCUCGACGUCGACCGCGCCGAGUGGAAGAGCAAAACCAUCGGGCGCAGUUUUGGCUCCGACGCACGCACGCCGCAAGAUUCCACCGACUCGCCAGCGUCAUCCACACCUUCAACGCCAACUACUCCGCUGUCGGCGUCGCGCACCUACCACAGCCUCAACUAUGCCCCGCGACAGCGCAACUCGGUGCUUCGUCCCAGCGCUGCGGCCAUCUUUCAGUCGCACUCGGCGCAGCUGGCAGCAGGCGCACAGCCAUCCCAGACGCCCACAUCACCCUCGCAGCCCUUGCCCAACUUGAUGCUGACGCCGAGGGCGAAUGCACAUGCAGCGCCACUCGCGGCUACGUCGCACCUCAGCACCUCGCCGUCGUAUCCCACCAUCUCGUUGCCCGAUGCGCCGCCGAGGGAGAGCAGCCGAGCGUCGAACGAGCACGAGACGCAGCGCGCGGCGGUGGCACGCAUGCAGCUGCAGCAGAUGCACGACAACGCCCGCCGCCUCGGGCUCAACAACAAGAGCGCCGGCUGGCUCAUCCUCGAGGCGCUCCAGGCGGCUACCGAGGGAGAGUGGGCAGCCGUGGCAGAGCUGCUUGCGAAUGGAGACGCCACCAUCCUGCUGCCGCGCGACCCGCCGUCGGUUUUUACGGCUGCCUCGCAGCUCAGCGCAUCCUUUGCGUACGAUCAUACCAUCUUUAAUGCGGCUUCCACCUCGGCGCAACGUCCUUCGCCUGCUUUGCUAGGCGAAAGCGCAGAGACACCGAUUCUCACACUCUCGGGCCUCCGAGGCCGGCUUGCACGAUCCUCCUCCGCCGGCUCAGCACCAAGCGACGCUGAUGCAGAAUUGGGCUCGCUCAGCCUGCAGAGCUUCGUCGUCAAAGCGCACGGCUCCGUGUCGAGUCUCAAGGACGCCAAUGCGCGGCAGGAGACACUCGAGUCGCUUGCGCCGCUUCCGCAUGCUACACAGCCAGAGCCCAGCGGCGCACGAUGUGCGUAUCCGAGAUUCACACUCGCAGCCGCCAACGCGGCGUUUCCGCUGCCGCCGCCGCUCCAGCCGCGCGCGGUGGCCAACGAUGCCAACGCGGCGGCCAAGAGCCGUGCGCGCUCCAACUCGAAGCUCAACGUGGCCGGCUCGAGGGCGUCGGCGUCGUUUGCGAGUAUCUUUGGCGGGAGCGGGAGGGAGCGGAGGCGGCAGGCGGCUGCGGACGAGGUGGCUGGUUCGGAGAUGGUCGAUGCGCAGAAGCUCGGUGGCACCUCGGAAUCGGAUGCAGAGCCCGAGGCGCACCAGUCCAGCCUUGGCCUCGAGCUGCGCGAUGCGGCGGCUGGGAGCGAGGUGAAGCAUGCGGAAGAUGCAGGUGGGACGGGGAGGGCGGGACGCAGGACGAUCUCGGUGUGGGUGGUGGACCACCUCGUGCGGCGCUCGGCCGUGAUGCGCACCAUCCGCAAGACGCUCGAGGCGCGCAUCCGCACCCGGCUCGCCGCCGCGGGGGUGGGCGAAUCGAUCGCCGAGGUGGUGGCGAGGUUUGCGGCGACGUUCCUGCCCCCCGUGCCCACGCUCGGCGACGCACAAGGUGCAGCGGGCGGCUCGGACCGAUCGCAGGGGGCAAGGUCGCGCGCAAGCUCACCGGUGCCCAAUGCAUCGUAUCUGGCGGAGGCGGACGAGAUGUCGGAAGCCGUGCAGGACUUGUUCAGCAGUGUGCGUGACCAGCUGCAGGCGCAAGACGUAGCGACGGCAGAGGCGCGGCUGGAGGUGGUCGAGACGGUGUUGUGCGAGGAGGUGUACGAUCGCAUCUUCCGACCGGUUGCUUCGCGCGAUGGGUACCACGACGACGCGCUCGCCUCACGCAUCGCCGCGCUCAACGUGCUCGGGCUCUCGCUGCGCCAUCUUGGACUCGACGACCCCGCGCACGCCGACGGGCUGGAGCGUAUCGUUCAACAGUGCGGCGCGGAGCUGCAGCGGCUGGACAGUGAGCAGGCGCGCUCGCCCAAGGAUAAGCUGGAUGUGCUCGUGCGCGCGCACAAGCUCGCGGUCGACGGUGUAGCCGCCCUGUCUGCGGCGGAGGGUACGAGCGCAGACCUGAUCCUGCCGCUGUUGAUCUACAGCAUUGUGGCGGCGAACCCGGCGCGGCUGGCGAGUCAUUUGUUGUACAUCCAGCGAUUUAGGGCCGAGUGUCUCGUGCAGGGCGAGACGGCGUACUGCCUCGUCAACGUCCAGGCUGCAGUGGCGUUUCUCGAGAAUGUGGAUGUGGCGGAUCUCGGGCUGGACGCGAGCCAGCUCGGCGCGCAUCUGCUUGCGGGCGAGAAUGCACGGGAAAGAAGGACGAGUGGGCAGGGGGCAGAGGAGGCACUGGCGAUGCCGGCAAGGAUCAGGGGCAGGUUGACGCAGGAGAUCGGCGACCUGGCCGGGGUGAGCAACAAGGUCAUCACGGGCGUCAUGGGGUCGAGCCUCGCUGCGUUUAGUAGGAUGAUGGGCGCCGCAGCUGGUGAUGCGCAGAGACCUGCGAAUGUGCGCGCGGCUAGCAUGGCCACUGACUACUCGCGCGGCGAAGAGCAGAUCAAAGAUUCCGCUGCGAGCGAUGAGGCCAAGCUGAGUAUCGGCGACCGGCUGGCGUCGCUAUCAACCCGCCUGGGGGGAUCGAGCUUAUCGUCGUCGCCGUCAUCGUUGUCGUUGGGGUAUGGGGGGAAGAAGGAGGAGGGGGUGUCGCCACGCAGUGUGUCGCGCGAACUGCCGGGACCUCCGCCGCCGAGCAAGCCCGUGCACGCGCGCACCACGUCCUACCUCGCCUCGCAGCUGGGUAGGAUGGCGUCUCGCGCGCCCGAAGAGGCCAAGCCGGUACCUGCUUCGCUGCGGUCUCCGUACCCUGCCCUAUCGCGGCCGCCGACACCCGAUCGACCGCUGCACGUUGUUCUAGCAAGCACCGGCUCGGUGGCGAGCGUCAAGAUGCCGCUCAUUGUCGAGGCGCUUCUUGCGCACGCCAAUGUUCGGGUGCAGGUGAUUGCCACCGUCAACUCGCUGCACUUCUACGACCGAACCCCGCUCACCUCGGCCGAGUACAGCGUGGCCUCGCUUGCUGCGGAGAACCUCGCUGCGAGUCGAGGGGUGCACACCCCAGGACCGCGGGUUCAUCUCUGGACGAACGCCGACGAGUGGACGAGCUUCACACGCGUGGGGGAUGCGAUUUUGCACAUUGAGCUCAGGCGAUGGGCAGACGUGGUGCUCGUGGCGCCGUGUUCCGCCAACACGCUCGCCAAGCUCGCCGGGGGAUUGUGCGAUGAUUUGCUCACGAGCUUCAUGCGCGCGCUGGGCAGGGGGGCCGAGGUGGUGCUGUGCCCCGCCAUGAACACGCUCAUGUGGGAAAAUCCGCUCACGGAGAUGCAUCUUAGGACGGUCAAGGAGGUCCUGGGGUACGAGGUCAGGGGGCCCGUGGAGAAGAGGCUCGCGUGUGGAGAUACCGGCAAAGGGGCCAUGAUGGAGUGGAGCGAGAUCGUACAGAUGGUAGUGGACAGGUUCGGGCUGCAGAAGGAGAAGGGCGCGGAAGCUGUUGCGGGCGCGUAA